AUGGCAGAAAAGCUGAAGGAAUAUCAAGUUCUAGACAUAUUUUGUAGUGGCACGUUUUAUAAAGUAAGACACAAGGUCACAAAUAGUAUUUUUGCGUGGAAAGCAUACAAUUGCUCUACGUUUUCCGAUGAACAAAUACAAAACGUCGAUAAUGAAGUAAAAAUAUUAAGUAAAGUGUUAUCUGGCAACUUCCUGCGCUACUACGACACGAUAUUACACGGACCGACCAAAACACUUUACUUUGUUCUCGAAUACAAUUCUUGGCAGAGCGUACAGGAAUUAAUCGCACAAAGCAAGGCCACCGACAAGCAUUUCACUGAGCGCUUCAUAUGGUACCUGUUACUGGAACUUGCACGUUUGUUUAAGAGUGUCGAAGACUACAAUUUUGUGACGCUAAAAAAAUGCGUAACAACAGAGUCCAUUUUCGUCGGACAGAAUGCAGAGUUACGCAUCAACUGUUUCGAGCUGUCGCUGGAGUCUUCACAGUCAUCGGAUCUAAUGCAGCAAGUAGGAGAAAUAAUACGAAUCUUAUGCUAUUUGCCAGGAGCUUGUGAUGAUAAAAUAAAAGAGUUUCGUUACAGCGACGACUUGCGAGAUGUUAUCAGCUUUUUAAUUGAUGAAAGGAACUCUAAUUUGCGACCAGAUGUGGUCCUCUAUCAUCCAACAGUUCUUGCAAACACGGAUACACUGACAGGACCAAAAAAUUUAACUGAAAUACUCUACUCAGAAGAGAUUUCUGUAUUAACUUCAGAAGCAAACAAAUGUGAUUCUGAAAAGGCUGUUGAUCAAUGUAGAAUCAUAGAACCUCUACCCAGGACUCGCAUAAAUGCAAAAGACAGCCCAAUUUAUUGUAAUCUCAGUCCUAAGUGGGCAUUCGAUAGAGAAAUUGAACAGUGUGAAUCUCCUGUAGAAGCUAUAUCUCCAACAAUUGCAGCAUUAGCUUUGGAACUGCCAGGCUAUGUUCCUAGGAGUAGACAACCUUACAGUGAAGCCCUAGAAGUAUAUAAUGGUGCUCAGAAAGUAUCUGAGGAUACUUUGAGCCACCAAUGGAUGUCUCGCCUCAUUGCUUUGAGACAAAGAGAGGAAUCGUUGAAUGAAAGGGAACGAAACAUAAUUGCUAAGGAAAUAGUUAAUAGUCCAUCUACUAAAUUAAUUUCUCUUAAUGAUUCUACUGAUCUCAAUGUCAGAAGUAAUGGUAUAACUUUACCUCCAGUGAUCAACCAAGUAAGUGAGGAUGGUAACAAUUGGGUAUCACGCAGGCGUCACAGGAGAUCAAGCUCUUUGAGACCUAAAGCCAGGAGGAAGAGCUAUGCAUAUGAAGAUUUAGAUAGCUCUUUAUCAGCUGACAAUGGUGAUAGCAGCAUGAUAGUUACAGCUGCCAAAAUUACAAAGGACAAUAUGCCUCGUAGAAACAUAUUUCCUGAUGUGUCUACAAAGAAAGUCCACUUCACCGCUAGUAAUCCUUUUGUUGAAAGUGAUGAAAGUGUAACCUUAACAUUUUAUGAGUUGGAAAAUGUGGAUAAAGAAGGAUAUCAGGUACCGAGAAGGGAGGAGACAGGCCUUAAAGAUAUUAAAAAAUUUAAGUAUUUAGAUUUAGAAAAAGUAUCUUCUGAAAAGAGAGCUUCAAUGCAGUGGAAUCAAUCUUCCCCUUCAAAGCAGGCCAAGAUGUCUGGCAAAGUGUUUUCAGAUAUUACAAAUAGUAAUCUUAGAAAAACACCUUCAAAAACUAGCUUGACUUCAAAAAGUUCAAACUUCUCUAGAAGUUCAAUUAGAAGCUCAAGGAGUAUCUGGAGCUGUGAUACAGGCAAAGUGGGUGAAGACAACUAUAAGGAGAGGAGCCACUCUAGUGUUAAAUUGUCUUACAUGCAGACCCCCACAGCUCCACCAGAGCUAAAAAAAUCCAAAAGGAAGUCCCUACUGCCUUUCAAAACUCCCUUCAAAUUCAAAACAUCUACAAAAGUA